CCCAGAAUGCUUUGCUUCCCCUCCCGGGUGUUUUUGCCCCUUUCCUGGUGUGGGACGCGGUAGUGGCUAGCGGCAGUGCCAGGCCUGGGGUUGCCUGUGUCCUUCCCCGGGUCACGGACGAGGCAGUGACUUGACUCCCGGGCGCUGAGCCCGAGAGCGAGCACAGGCGACCGCCUUCCGUCCCGUCGGUUCGCGUCCUCCUUUGCUCCUUGUCCUGCUCCAUCUGUGGCUGCCUGGACCGCCCGGGACUGACUGCCUGGAGUAGGGGUGACUGUCGCUGCUGCUGGGGCUAAGGCGAGGCUGCGGCCCUCGGACGGCUGUAGCGGCUGUAGUGCUAGGGAGGAGGAGAGAAGAUGGCGUCGGAGCUGGAGCCCGAGGUGCAGGCCAUCGACCGCAGUUUGCUGGAAUGUUCCGCUGAGGAAACCGCGGGGAAAUGGCUUCAAGCAACUGACCUCACUAGUGAAGUAUACCAGCAUUUAGCCCACUAUGUACCCAAAAUAUACUGCAGGGGACCCAACCCUUUUCCACAGAAAGAAGACAUGCUGGCACAGCAUGUUUUGUUGGGACCAAUGGAAUGGUACCUCUGUGGUGAAGAUCCUGCAUUUGGAUUUCCAAAACUUGAACAAGCAAACAAACCUUCUCAUCUUUGUGGUCGAGUUUUUAAAGUAGGAGAGCCUACGUACUCUUGCAGAGACUGUGCAGUUGAUCCAACUUGUGUUUUAUGCAUGGAGUGCUUUUUGGGAAGUAUUCACAGAGACCAUCGAUAUAGGAUGACAACAUCAGGAGGUGGAGGUUUCUGUGACUGUGGUGAUACAGAAGCUUGGAAAGAGGGUCCUUACUGUCAAAAACAUGAACUUAACACCUCUGAAAUCGAGGAAGAAGAGGAUCCUCUUGUGCAUUUAUCAGUAGAUGUGAUAGCAAGAACUUACAACAUUUUUGCUAUUAUGUUUCGUUAUGCAGUAGAGAUAUUAACCUGGGAAAAAGAAAGUGAAUUGCCAGCAGAUUUGGAGAUGGAAGAAAAGAGCGACACCUACUAUUGUAUGUUGUUUAAUGAUGAGGUUCACACCUAUGAACAAGUAAUUUAUACUCUCCAGAAAGCUGUUAACUGUACUCAAAAAGAAGCCAUUGGUUUUGCAACAACAGUGGAUCGAGAUGGACGUAGGUCUGUUCGAUAUGGAGACUUCCAGUAUUGUGAGCAAGCAAAAUCAGUAAUUGUGAGAAAUACCAGUAGACAGACAAAGCCACUCAAAGUUCAAGUUAUGCAUUCGUCUAUUGUUGCACAUCAGAAUUUUGGUUUGAAACUUUUGUCUUGGCUGGGAAGUAUUAUUGGAUAUUCAGAUGGCCUUCGCCGGAUUUUAUGUCAAGUUGGAUUACAGGAAGGACCAUAUGGUGAAAACUCUUGUCUGGUGGAUAGACUGAUGCUUAGUGAUUCCAAAUUAUGGAAAGGUGCUAGGAGUGUAUAUCAUCAAUUAUUCAUGAGCAGCCUACUUAUGGAUUUGAAAUACAAGAAACUAUUUGCCAUUCGAUUUGCAAAAAACUAUGAGCGUUUGCAGAGUGAUUAUGUGACAGAUGACCACGACAGAGAGUUUUCAAUCGCAGACCUCUCGGUUCAGAUAUUCACAGUUCCUUCACUUGCUCGAAUGCUCAUCACAGAAGAAAAUCUGAUGACCAUUAUUAUUAAAACUUUCAUGGAUCAUUUGAGACAUCGAGAUGCCCAGGGCAGAUUUCAGUUUGAACGAUACACUGCUUUACAAGCCUUCAAAUUUAGGAGAGUUCAGAGCCUUAUUUUAGAUCUCAAGUAUGUGUUAAUUAGCAAACCAACUGAAUGGUCAGAUGAGCUGAGGCAGAAGUUUCUAGAAGGGUUUGAUGCCUUUUUGGAAUUACUGAAAUGCAUGCAGGGAAUGGAUCCAAUCACCCGUCAAGUAGGACAACAUAUUGAAAUGGAACCAGAAUGGGAAGCAGCCUUUACACUACAAAUGAAACUAACACAUGUCAUUUCAAUGAUGCAAGACUGGUGUGCUUUAGAUGAAAAAGUGUUAAUUGAAGCUUACAAGAAAUGCCUUGCUGUAUUGAUGCAGUGUCAUGGUGGUUUUACUGAUGGUGAACAGCCUAUCACACUAAGCAUUUGUGGACAUUCAGUGGAAACUAUCAGAUACUGUGUUUCCCAAGAAAAAGUUAGCAUUCACCUCCCAGUUUCUCGCUUACUUGCAGGUUUGCAUGUAUUAUUAAGCAAAAGUGAAGUGGCAUAUAAAUUUCCAGAGCUCCUACCUCUAAGUGAACUUAGCCCACCAAUGUUGAUUGAACACCCUCUUAGAUGUCUUGUUUUAUGUGCCCAAGUACAUGCUGGGAUGUGGAGAAGAAAUGGGUUCUCACUAGUAAACCAGAUUUAUUACUACCAUAAUGUGAAAUGCAGACGUGAGAUGUUUGACAAGGAUAUAGUGAUGCUUCAGACAGGUGUCUCCAUGAUGGAUCCAAAUCAUUUCCUGAUGAUAAUGCUCAGCCGCUUUGAACUUUAUCAGAUUUUCAGUACACCAGACUAUGGAAAAAGAUUUAGUUCUGAAAUUACUCAUAAGGAUGUUGUUCAGCAGAACAAUACUCUAAUAGAAGAAAUGCUGUAUCUCAUUAUAAUGCUUGUUGGAGAAAGAUUUAGUCCUGGGGUUGGACAGGUUAAUACUACAGAUGAAAUUAAGCGGGAGAUUAUCCAUCAGUUGAGCAUCAAACCUAUGGCUCAUAGUGAAUUGGUAAAAUCUUUACCUGAAGAUGAAAACAAGGAGACUGGCAUGGAGAGCGUAAUUGAAGCAGUUGCCCAUUUCAAAAAACCUGGAUUAACAGGACGAGGCAUGUACGAACUGAAACCAGAAUGCACCAAAGAGUUCAACUUGUAUUUCUAUCACUUUUCAAGGGCAGAGCAGUCCAAGGCAGAAGAAGCUCAGCGGAAAUUGAAAAGACAAAAUAGAGAGGAUACAGCACUUCCACCUCCAGUUUUGCCUCCAUUCUGCCCUUUAUUUGCAAGUCUAGUUAACAUUUUGCAGUCAGAUGUCAUGUUGUGCAUCAUGGGAACAAUACUACAAUGGGCUGUGGAGCAUAAUGGAUAUGCCUGGUCAGAGUCAAUGCUACAAAGGGUGUUACAUUUAAUUGGAAUGGCACUACAAGAAGAAAAACAACAUUUAGAGAAUGUCAUGGAAGAGCAUGUAGUAACAUUUACCUUCACUCAGAAGAUUUCAAAACCUGGUGAAGCACCAAACAAUUCUCCAAGCAUCCUAGCUAUGCUGGAGACACUACAAAAUGCCCCCUACCUGGAAGUCCACAAAGAUAUGAUUAGGUGGAUUUUAAAGACUUUUAAUGCUAUUAAGAAGAUAAGAGAGAGUUCAUCUACCAGUCCUGUGGCAGAGACAGAAGGAACUAUAAUGGAAGAGAGUUCAAGAGACAAAGACAAAGCUGAGAGGAAAAGAAAGGCUGAGAUUGCCAGACUGCGUAGAGAAAAAAUCAUGGCCCAGAUGUCUGAGAUGCAGCGACACUUUAUUGAUGAGAACAAAGAGCUCUUUCAGCAGACAUUAGAACUGGAUUCCUCUACCUCUGCUGUUCUUGAUAAUAGCCCUGUGGUUUCAGAUGUGAAACUUAUAGCACUGGGCCCAGCACAAACUCAGGUCCCUGAACAAAGACAGUUUGUUACCUGUAUAUUGUGUCAAGAAGAACAAGAAGUUAAAGUGGAAAGCAGGGCAAUGGUCUUAGCAGCAUUUGUUCAAAGAUCAACUGUAUUGUCAAAAAACAGAAGAAAAUUUAUUCAGGAUCCAGAAAAAUAUGAUCCAUUAUUCAUGCACCCUGAUCUGUCUUGCGGAACACACACAGGUAGCUGUGGGCACAUUAUGCAUGCCCAUUGUUGGCAAAGGUAUUUUGAUUCCGUUCAAGCUAAAGAGCAGCGAAGGCAACAGAGGUUACGCUUACAUACAAGUUAUGAUGUAGAAAAUGGAGAGUUCCUUUGCCCGCUUUGUGAAUGCUUGAGUAAUACUGUUAUUCCUCUGUUGCUCCCUCCAAGAAAUAUUUUUAACAGCAGGUCAAAUUUUUCAGACCAACCAAAUCUGAGUCAAUGGAUUAGAACAAUAUCUCAGCAAAUAAAAGCAUUACAGGUUCUUAGGAAAGAAGAAAGCACUCCCAAUACUGCCUCUUCAAAGAAUUCAGAGAAUAUGGGUGAAUUACAGCUCCCUGAAGGGUUCAGGCCUAAUUUUCAUCCUAAGAAUCCUUAUUCUGAGAGCAUAAAGGAAAUGCUAACAACAUUUGGAACUGCUACUUAUAAGGUGGGACUAAAGGUUCAUCCUAAUGAAGAAGAUCCCCGGGUGCCCAUAAUGUGUUGGGGUAGUUGUGCAUACACCAUUCAGAGCAUAGAAAGAAUUCUGAGUGAUGAAGAUAAACCAUUGUUUGGUCCUUUGCCAUGCAGACUGGAUGACUGUCUCAGGUCACUAACAAGAUUUGCAGCAGCACAUUGGACAGUGGCAUCACUUUCAGUGGUACAAGGGCAUCUUUGUAAACUUUUUGCAUCAUUGGUGCCUAAUGAUAGCUAUGAAGACCUUCCAUGCAUAUUAGAUAUCGACAUGUUUCAUUUAUUGGUGGGCUUGGUGCUGGCUUUCCCUGCCUUGCAGUGUCAGGAUUUUUCAGGGGUCAGCCUCAGCACUGGAGACCUCCACAUUUUUCAUCUGGUUACUAUGGCACACAUCAUACAGAUCUUACUUACCUCAUGUACAGAAGAGAAUGGCAUGGAUCAAGAAAAUCCCACUGGUGAAGAAGAAUUAGCAGUUCUUGCUUUGUAUAAAACCAUUCACCAGUAUACAGGAAGUGCCUUGAAAGAAAUACCUUCUGGCUGGCAUCUGUGGAAGAGCAUCAGAGCUGGGAUCAUGCCUUUUCUGAAGUGCUCUGCGUUGUUUUUUCAUUACCUAAAUGGAGUUCCAUCCCCACCUGACAUUCAAGUUUCUGGACUAAGCCAUUUUGAACAUUUAUGUAACUACCUUUCCCUACCAACCAAUCUCAUUUGCCUUUUUCAAGAAAAUAAUGAGAUAAUGAAUUCACUGAUUGAAAGUUGGUGUCAUAACAGUGAAGUUAAGAGAUAUCUAGCAAGUGAAAGAGAUGCAAUAAGCUAUCCAAGAGAAUCUAACAAAUUAAUAGACCUUCCAGAGGAUUACAGCAGCCUCAUAAAUCAAGCAUCCAAUUUCUCGUGCCCCAAAUCAGGUGGUGAUAAAAGCAGAGCCCCAACUCUGUGCCUUGUAUGUGGAACUCUGCUGUGCUCCCAGAGCUACUGCUGCCAGACUGAGCUAGAAGGAGAGGAUGUAGGAGCCUGCACAGCUCAUACCUACUCCUGCGGCUCUGGUGCAGGCAUCUUCCUGAGAGUACGGGAAUGUCAGGUGCUAUUUUUAGCUGGCAAAACCAAAGGCUGUUUUUAUUCUCCUCCUUACCUGGAUGACUAUGGGGAGACAGACCAGGGACUCAGACGGGGAAAUCCUUUACAUUUGUGCAAAGAGCGAUUUCAGAAGAUUCAGAAGCUCUGGCACCAACACAGUAUCACAGAGGAGAUUGGACAUGCACAGGAAGCAAAUCAGACACUGGUUGGCAUUGACUGGCAACAUUUAUAAUCACUUCAUUGCCAAAAACAUGAACUUGGAGUUUUGUAACCCACUUGGCUUUUCAAGAAAGAGAAUAGGAAAUAAGUUCAGCUGAAUUUUGAAAUAAAUUCUUUAUUUAAGCCUU